AUGGCUCUCAGAUCAGUUGCAUUGACUUCUUUUGUCUUCCUUCUCUCACUCAUCAGCUUUGCUUCAAUGGCCACAUCUGAGAAAUGCACGUACAUUGUGAGAGUUAAGACAGGAGAUCGCUUCAGUGCGGGAACGGACUCCACCAUCAGUCUCAAGUUAAAGUCCUAUUCCGGCGAAAGCUUCACCGUCAACAACCUCGAAGAGUGGGGCUUAAUGGGACCAGGUCACGAAUACUUCGAGCGGGGGAACAUCGACGUCUUCAGCGGCCGGAACGCUUGUCUCCGUGUUUGUGCCAUAACCGUCAGCUCCAACGGCGAAGGGUUCAAGCCAGGGUGGUAUUUGGAUUACGUGGAACUCACCAUAGUUGGGUCCGGCAAACCUGCCAAGAUAUCUUUCCCGACGAACCAGUGGCUGGCUCUAGACGAAUGGCCCAACCAUCUCUACGCUGACGUCGACUUAUGCUACCGCCGCAAGCCUUGA